UCCAACUUGAAACAGCCAUGCCGUACACGAACGUGUCGACGCUGGAUCCAGACGAUGAAGGCAACGAGCCGUGGCGAGUGACGUUAUUGAGGGCCCUCAUCCACGGAGACUAUGACAUCAUGGUGCGCGACGUGACGAGCAAUGUGGCAUCAAUUGCCCAAAAGCUCACAACCCACAUGAGCCGGGGCAAACUCGAGUGGGAGACUGUCGAGUGGUGGCAGCUGCAGGAUGCAACCCCGCUGUUCGUCGCGGCAGUCUUUGGUCAUCCCAAGCUGGUUCGUUGGCUGCUCAAGCACGGCGCUGAGCGAUCCACGACGUGCUAUUUGGGACAAACGGCGCUGGAUUUGUGCGGCGAACACGCGACGGACGCCGCGGCCGUGGACGAAUGCCGGCGCCUCUUGAAAGAACCGCCGAAAAUUCCGGACCCGCCUGGGAAACCUUCGUUUCAGUGCCACAUCACCACCGACCAUGUCUUUCGCCACAUCCAAGUCGCGGAAGAAUCUGACAAGGGGGUGCUGCGCCUGGUGGAAAAGCGUGUGCCGCAUGUCGUGCGCAAAUGCGUUGCCAGUCUCAGGUGGACCACGCCAUUGAGCAAUGGAAAAAUGAUUGAAAAGUACGAAGCUCGGUACCGCACCCACGUUCCAGGAGACAAAUCCAUGGUGCGGGGAUGGCGCAGCCAAACGACGGCCCAUUCGCGGCUGCAAGACGCCCAAGGGUGCACGGUGGAUGGACUCCAGUUGGGAACGACGUACGAAGUGCAAUGUCGAGCGCAGAAUGCCGUGGGUCGCGGCGACUGGUGCGCCAUUGAGCUCCUCAUUACGCCUUCUGUGGAACGAGGUGGUGGGGACUCGGAGGAGAACGAAAGCGACGACACCAACCAUGGAGAUGGGUCGUAAUGCGUAGAUAUACAAGACAAUUUAUCUCAGUUAUAUGGUACUCCUUGUUGUACCGGUACAUACACAGUUGAACGUCCGAACUACCCGGCUUUGUACACGAGGAUGGCUUUUUCGUUGUAGUAGAAGUACACAAAAUGCCGCGUCACGUGCGUCACAUACGAGCCAAAGUUGCGGCCGAUGCACACCACCCAGUGCGGGUCCCAUCGCUUGUCAAGAUGGUCUCGAAUAUCAUCGCACACCUGCAACCCCUUCUUCUCCCAUUCUUCAGUGUCGAACUGGCCCAGUCGCUGGGUCACGCUUUUGAUCACGUCUUCCAGCACAUCGUCCUCCAUAUCACAUGGCAUCUUCACGCGUGCACCCCACAUAUGCUGCCAACUUGGUGCUUCGCCCAUGCUUGCUGCUUUGCCGUUAUGUUUGUUCCCCAAAACUUGGUCUAGUGAAAGAUCGCGAACGAAA